CAUUUAUAAGUGAUUCUCAAUAUUUUGAUUGAGACUGCUCAUGGAAUAACUUUGAUAGGUAGAUAUACCAUGUGCCGUUUUUAAAAAAAGGAACCAUGGUUCGACCGAUUUUUACAGUUUCCGAAGCCAGCCUGAAAAUCUUAACGGCAACAUUUCGUGUUACGUGAAAAGCGACGCUCGAGAUAGUACCGAUAUGCUUCAACAAAUCAGCAUUUUUGGCGAUCAGUUAAAGAAAACCCUGCAUUGAUCUUGGCUAAAAUCGAUACAACAGAAACUUCCCGAGGUCACAUUAAUUGACAAAGGAAAGUAGAAAGUUACGUAACGAGGUAUCCAUAUCCUUACUCAGUCUCUACCAAUUUUAUUUCACGACAGAGAGUAAGAGAGAAUUAACGACAUAGACCAUGUAGUGUCUAUAUAUCAUUAUCGAGCGGCCUGGUUAAAAGACAAACGUCUGACAAGCGCAUCGUGUUUAUCUAAUGAUACUUUCUGGCCUCCAUUUCCUAAACGUAUGGUGUAGCGCGGAACGAAACACGCAAUUCAGCCUCGGGGUGGGUAAAAGGAGCUUGGGGUAUUGGUGUGUCAGUUUCCGACCAAAUUUUCUCUUAAACGGAUGUAUUGAAAUUGACUUCCUAGUCAUGUCAGCUGCUAGUGAGACCAUUGGCUCUGCGACAACGUCUUCUCUGUUUGCGUCCAACAUUGUUGUUCCAGACGAUCUGCGUAGAAAUGCUUGGAUUGCUGUCGAUAUCACACCACCGAACGGUGUAGUGGACCGAUUUCAGACUGCAGUGAAUAAAUUCUCUCCACAGUUCUCUCGACCGCGCUCACAAUCGAAAUCGGCUCAAAAAGAAAAGUUUUCCCUUCUUCUUCAUCUUUGGAAGAGAUUCGCUCGAACAACGACGGGUCAUGGCUUUGCUAGAAUGGUGGACAGUGACGAACCCAAAUCUAUAAGAAUAUUUUGGGUGGUCGUAAUAGUACUACUCAUAUCGGGACUUUUCAUUUCAAUCGUCAUAAUCAGCUAUGAGGUACUAGUAGUGCGUGGGCUAAGAAGAGAAUUCAUCGUUCAGCAUAACAUAACGAUGUUUCUGCCCGACAUCCAUAUUUGUGACACGUCGCUAUUCAACCCUAAGGCUCUUCAAGACAUGGGUAUUAACAACACGAUGGCUUCAUAUUUGGCUUUGGCUCUUUCACAUUUGCUAGCAUCGCGAGCCAUAAUGGAGGACAUGGAAAAGCAAAAACGCCUCAACAACGAAUUCCGGCGUCUGACUCAAAAUCUAACGACUAAAGAAAUCUUUGACCGAACGACGCUAGGGUGCGAAGAUAUAGUUCUAGGGUGCACGCACGACCGCAUUCUCUAUUCCGGCAAAGAUUGCUGCACCAAGUUCUUUGGCAAUCGUCGCUUCGUCACCGAUCUGGCUACGAUAUGUGUCUCAACUCAUUUCCAACCACUUCUCGAAGAAAUUUUCGAUACGCAAAUCUAUGGUUUUACGGUUUACUUAAAAACCAACGUUGUGGGUCGAUUCGAAUUUGAUUCGACUAUAAUAUCGAGCAAUGUGGCAUCGAGACGUGGAAUCAUUUACGCUGUAUCGGAUUCCAUCACAGCCGUUAACCCUACAAUAUCUACUGUUGGCCGCUAUCUCGAUCCCGGGACAUGGACAUCUGUCUCAAUCUCUCUUACCAGGACCGACAACACGGAACUACAAAAGGGACUCUUGUCGACUCACUCUUGCGUGUCUCCAGAUUCUCCCGACCACUUAUAUCUCGUCCCCAAUCAUAAUGUCUACAGCCAGCGUAACUGCGUCUUCUCCGCGACCCGCACAAUACUUGAAGCGAAGUUGAAUUGCUCUCUCUUCCGUUUUAAUAGAAUGGGUCCUUUGGAGACGUGCUAUCCAAAUGUGAUGAUUGACGUACAUUCACCCGAGCUAGCUAACGAAAUCAAACAAAAAAUUCAAGAAUGUCCGGAGGAUUGCAUUUCGGACAACUAUCACGUCUCAUCUUCGACAACACAUUUGGAUCUAGGAGAUCAUGAUGACAUGCACUCAAACGAGAAACACAAUGACCAUAUUCUUCACUCAGCUUUGCAAUUCUAUUAUUCAUCUUUUAGCUUCACAGUUAUCAAAAAUCAUCCCGAAAGCCUCGUCAAGUGGCUAAGUGACGUGGGGGGAAACAUGAGCCUCUAUUUAGGGGCAAGCUUAGUGACACUUUUGGAGAUGAUCGUCUUAUUAUUUCGCUGCACUCGUAAGUGUAUUCGUCGAAAAAUGGACAAACAAAAUUUAUUUACCCAGUCAUUUGAUUCUACACAAAGCUAAUUUAAAUUGUCAAAAUAAUUUAGUCCCUCACAAAAAAAUCGUUAAUCAAGACAUAAUUAGAAUACAUGUAUAAACAACGUAUCAAUUCAAAGUGUAAUGUAGAAUUUUUAUUCUUUGUAUCCCGGAGCGCCGAAAUACACCAACUCGAUGGGACAGAGAAA